AUGAAACUCAGGAUGAACACGCUCAACUUAUUUCAAGUUCUAGUUACAGGAUUAACAGUAUAUGCAUCCCCCCUUUCAACGCCGAUAUCUUCUUUCGCAACAUCACCAGAAGCAUCUACAUCGCUUACUACAGAACUAACCAACUCUCAGUGCCAACCAGUAGAGGAAGCUGCCUGCUCUAGAAUGUACACCUCAACACAAAUGCCAAAUCUGUACGGAGAUGCUCUAAGCAGGAAUGCAGGAGCAAAAAUUCACGAGAUCCUCACACAAGCUGAUAAAGACAGUGUUCUUGUGGGAUUCUUCUGCACGUUGUACCUCCCGCCAUGUGCCGAUAGAACGUCGCAGGAUAAUGAACAAGUUGAUCAGCAGAUGGUGCCUUUGCCAUGCCGUCCACUCUGCGAGCUGGCUGCCCAGAAAAGGAAAGAAUACACGAUUCUGGAUGAACUCCCAUGGCCAGUCAGAUGCAGUUCUUUACCUACCGAAAACUGCUUUAAUUUGCCAGGGUCCAGUAACGUGACAUUUGUGAAAACAUCCAUAAACAUUAAGACUCUGCCAAAUGAGGUUGCCCGUUUUGCCUCCCUGGAUGUUGAGCUCGGCAAUGAUGCUAACUACGAUGUGGAGGUCUUGUCGCCUUCUGCGGGUUCCAUUCCAGAACGGCGCUAUGAUAUAACUGACCUCGGCGACCCGACCUUGUUCCAAGGUUGGGCGGACGUUCAGGGAACAGGGGCUGCUAACGAUUACUGCAGAGUAAUCGGCCGAGGCAAAAGACGAUUUAUGUCUUGUAACCUCUCAGGGUCGACAGGUCAAGGCCACCACUACGUCUCCAAGCUUGGCUUUGAGGUCGGGUACUCAAACACCUGGUUCAUGAGGGACAUGGACGGCGAUGGGAGAGAUGACUACUGCAGAUGUGUAGGUACUCCAAACAACUCCAAGAUGAUCUGCAUGAAGGCCGGAGAGCAUGGCUUCUACGGCAGCACUAUUCAGGGCGGAAAUCAACACACAUUUGCACUUCCUGGGUCAGAAGACUGCUCUGGCAGACGAUAUAAUCCACUGUUUGGAGAGAGUUAUUCGUAA